UAACAAUUCAUAAAUUUGGAUUUACUUUUGCUUAAAAAAUAAACAAAUAAAUACGGCAUAUAUAAUCGCCACCUCUGGAAAACCUGUAGUUAAGAUUUCAGAAUACGCAGCUAGGGUUGCGUGCAUUCAUCGCCAUGGACGUCUCUAAAUUCAUCGCCAACCAGACGGAUGCAUCCUUAAUGUUUGCGAAGCAUGUCUUCUUUGACCUGGUCAAAGCAGAUUCCAACCUCGUUUUCUCUCCCCUCUCCAUUAGCAUCUUGUUGGGCAUGGCCGCCGCCGGCUCAACCGGCGAAACACGCCGCAGCCUCCUCUCCUUCCUCAAGUCCGACUCCACCGCGGAUUUCGAUGCUUUUGGCUUCCAUGUCCUCACCAACAUCCUUGCUGACGCCAGUCAUCUCGGCGGCCCCAGUCUGUCGGCGGCUAACGGCGUUUGGAUGGAUCAAACUCUUUCUUUUAAGCCCUCCUAUAAAGAACUCUUGGAAAAGUCUUAUGAUGCUGUUUGUCCAUCAGUUGACUUUCGUUUCAAGGGUUUUGGAGAAGCUCGGCGUGCAAUUUUCCAGCGGCGAUCUUGACGAAAUGGUGGUCGAUGCAGAGGAGAGCCUCAUUGUUUCAAAGAUUAUCCACAAGUGUGUUAUUGAUGUUAAUGAGAAAGGAACCAAAGCUGGUGCAGCUAGUCUGAUGGGGUGCAAACUUGGAUGUGCACGUUCUAUGGUUGAGGAAGAGAAAAUAGACUUUGUAGCGGACCAUCCCUUUGCCUUCUUCAUCCGGGAGGAUGUCUCCGGGCUUGUUGUCUUUGUUGGCACCGUGCUUAACCCCCUUCUCUAAGAUGGUGGGUGGCAUGGAGCUGGAUAUGAUGUUUAGUUUAUAUUUCUACUACUUAAUAAUCUGCAUAUUCAUUUUCGAAUAGCAAACACGUGCUUAAUUUUAAUUCUAGUGAUGCAUUUCGGAGAUCUUCAACUAGUUCUUGGGGGUUUUGUUUUUCCCUUGAACGGCGUACUAAAAUUUGUUAUUGUCCUAAAUAGGACUAAAUAUAUAGCAAUCUAAAUUAAAGUAAUUUUCCCUUAAAGUAGUUGCUUGGGGGUUUCUUUUUUCCUUUGAAUGUCAUAAUAAAAGCAUAUCGUUUUAGCAUAA